UACGCUUGCAGUGUUUCCUCCUCCUGUCUCGCAGCUCUGUUGCAGCACUUGUUUCAUUCACUCGGUUUGAUUCCAUAUUCCCGGUAGAAUGUCUGCAUUGAUCAGGAGGAUCAUCAGUACAACUAAAGCUCCCGCUGCUAUCGGCCCGUACAGCCAAGCAGUAGUGGUAGAUCGGACCAUGUACAUCUCAGGACAGCUGGGGAUGGAUCCUGCCAGUGGACAGUUGGUGGAAGGGGGUGUUCAGGCUCAAACCAGACAGGCUCUUGUGAAUAUGGGUGAAAUCCUUAAAGCUGCCGGGUGUGGUUAUGAGAACGUUGUCAAAACCACAGUGCUCUUAGCCGACAUGAAUGACUUUACUAGUGUCAAUGAUGUUUACAAGCAGUUCUUCAGCACUAACUACCCAGCCAGAGCUGCCUACCAGGUUGCUGCUCUUCCCAGGGGUGGACUGGUUGAGAUUGAAGCAGUGGCUGUAUUGGGCCCUCUGACCAAUGCUUCCUGAACAACUUUAACUAUCAAACAAUAAAAACUGGAAAACUCCCAAUCACUGACAAA